CCUUGAGCUCAAGUGAAUAAAUUGCCUCAAUGUAUGUAGCUACCCUUUUUCUGGCCUUUUCUGUACCAAUCUUGGCUAUGUCAGCCUGGAUGCGGCCAAAGACUGUCUUCAGGUAUACCAUGAUGAUGCGAUGGUGGGGAGUGAUGAACAUGUGCUGCGAUAGUCGCAAAGAUCUAGUACCCUACAUGAACAUGAAUCGACACUGCUGCUUCGAAGUCAUCAAUACGUUAGCAACAAAGGCCAUCAGUCAAUGCCAGCUGAGCUUUGAACAAUGUCCUUCAUCGUCCAGCUCCACAUUUGAGCUUUCUGUUUGCAAUUUGUCUCGAGGCUUACACUGGUAAUCGUGAUGAAAGACAUUGUGUAAUGCGGUUUUUGUGGCUUUUGUCGCACAGCUCUAUGUAAGCCACAUGUUGAAUGGCGCUUGGUUUGGUCCGCGCGGCUGGAUUCAUUUUAGAUCCGUACACACUCAGUCAAACUGAUUUUGUGCGACAGGCCUGAGG